AUGCAUUCCAAACGGUCCCUAUCACCCGCUCCACUCCCACCACCCAAACGGGCGCACACCACAUCCAACCCCGAGCAGCCGCAAGCGUCCUUCUCUGCCCACGCUCUUCAGUCGACGUUCGACACCCUGCUCUAUGACGAGAUCGUGCUCGUCAUCUUCUCUCAUCUCUCCUGGGCAGACCUCUGCGCCGUCCAGCCGACGAACAGACACUGGUCGCGGCUGUCGCUCGACAAUCAGUUAUGGAAGGACUUGUACCUCCGUGAGUACGGUCGGCCACGGCUGCGCGGGGUAAGAGGCUUCAUUGGUCGUGCUGAUGGGCGGGAGGUGCGGCCCCUGCCUGGAAGGGCCAAGUCGGACGAUGUGAAGGACUGGAAGUGGAUGUUCCGGAUCAGCUCCAACUGGCGCACUGGACGCUGUUCAGUGAAAUCUUUGAGCGAGGGCAUAGAGCUACCGUUGUCGACAGCACCUUCGCAGCAACCUCCAGACUUGGGAGGCGGCCAACAGGAGACGUUCUUGAUGAUUUCCGGGAACAUGACUAUCACUGCGUCUUCUCGCGCGUCGACUUGUCCGAUCGUCUCGCUCACAACGCCCUCACAUGGGACAUUCACCAUGCGCUGCCAGUCAAAUCGCUUAGGUAGCACACGCAUAACUUCUCUCGCCCUCGAUCAGUCUCCGCCCUCUUCUCACACUAUACGACUCGCAGCGUGUCUAGCCACGGGUGAAAUAGCGGUAUUUUCCCUCGACCACCGCACGCCCUCGCUGUCAUUCCGACAGCUCACAUACGUGCCUGUGACCCAGAAUUCACGUACAUCGCCCAUCAUCCAAGCCGUAUACCACCAUCCGCUCCUCGUCACGCUCUCGCAGGCGUUCCAUCUCUCGCUAUAUGACCUGUCCGACAACAACGUGGCCCACACACAAACGCUCACGUCCUUCACCUCGCACCCACCCAGCUCGCUCGUGCUGUCUUCUCCCUCGCCCUCCUCGUACAAGCUCGUGCUCGCGUACGCGAUCCCCGUCUACCCCUCACACUGGAGCGUGGGCGCGACAGAACUGCUCAUUUCCACCCGCGCGCCCACCCGCAUGGCAGUCACGACCACGCGCACGACGCGGGCGAUCGACGUGCCGCAGGGGUGGAUCGACGAGCACAAGCUCCGCCUGAUGCGCGAGCAGUGGGCGCGCAAGGUCGCGCGCGUCGCGGACACGCAGACGGACGGAAAGUGGGUCGUCCUCGCGCCCGGAGACCCGCUACUCCCGCCGCCCCCCGCCGACGCGCCCUCCUCACCUUCCCCCUCGCCUUCGCCAUCCCCCUCCGCGUCGCCGGUCCCCCGGUCCGCGUCGAGCCCGCGGAGCCGCUCGUCCACCUACGCCUCGUCCAGCUUGCACUCUGCCAGCGCGCUGCAGCUGUACCGCCUGCACCUCCCCGCGUCCGCGGCGUCCAGCUCCCUGCCGAAGCUGACGUUCGUGCGCAGCCUCCACGGCCAGAUUGGCCCGGUCUCCGCGCUGUCGCUCGCGGACGGGCGCUGUGUCAGCCUCGGGGUGAACGGCAGCAUAUGGGUGUGGGAUCUCGAGGGCGGGACGGGCGCCGAGGUCUCUGCUGGGUUUGCGGAGGGCGAGGAGGACGUCGGUGAUGAUCGUGCCCUGGGGGCGGCGCUGGCGGUGAAGGGGAACGCUGUGUUUGAUGAGCGGAGGAUUAUCACGGCGGAUGCUGCGGGUGUGCGGGUGUGGAGAUUCGAUAUUUGA